CGCCCCCAAAUGUGGGAUUGAUACUUGUCGUCUGUUGAGGAAAAAGCAAAAGCAAAACAAACUCCAACAAAACCCAAACAAAGCUACGAUGCUGCACUAGGUGAUGGAAAUUCAAAGGCCCGAACAUCUAUGCUUUCAAAAAGUUUUCUUUCACCGAAGGUUCUCUCAAUCUGCCCCGGAAAUUUGUUGAAAGGUUAUGGUCAAUCACUACAUAUGAGCAAAUCAGACUAAAUAAUGGCCCGUCGGCGGCGAAACUGCAAGCAGCGUAAACCUGCAGCUGCAGCCAACACAGCUAAACAGGAGCUAACAAAAGAAGUCGAACCUGACAAACCCAAAGUGAAGAAUGAGAGAGCUGAAGUUCAAACUGCAGCAAAAACUGUGAAUGUUUCUCCGAGGAAACCUUCUAGGUCAUCAAGUAAUUUAAGUGGUGCUAGUACAUCCUGGAGUUCUCCGGAAAGUGUUCCUAAGGGAAAGAGAAAAGCAGACAGCCAUAAUGACAGAGGUGUAACACCAACCAAGCGGAAAUCUGACAUAGUUGCAGAAGUCGUAGUCAAACAGGAGAAAAAUGAUUCAGUUGAUCAUCCUCUCAGGCUAGGAGAAGCACACAAUAACAUUAUAACUAGUAUCAAAGAUGAAGAAGUUGAUUGUGGUGUGGAUAAUCUGGAAGCAGAGGCAGGUGGUGCAGAAAGUUUAGUAGCUAUAGUUGAGCAAGCCUCAUAUCCGGAUGUUCAAUCACGGGAAGGAGAAAAUUUAGUUGCUUCUGUAGGGUCCAUUCCUUCUCUCAUAGCAGAGUGGGAGAAAUCUUUUAAUGCAGUUCUGCCAGAUCCUUGGAUGUGCAAAUCAACCCAUGAUGGAUUUGACUUUAUGUAUUUGUCGAGUGGUAGACAUAAAGCUAUUCAAAGGCAGCUUUUCAUCUCAUUUCAAGGAGAACUUGAAAUAAGUAUUCAUAGACAUGUUUUGCCUCCUUCUGAUGUCAAUGAGCUCCUGAAGGGAUUCAAACUGCCUGCUAUCCUUGUUGUGGAGCAAUCCUUCAACGACUUUUUAGGACGUGUUUUAAUAAUAAUCCGUAUCCUGUCAAAUCUGGGAGUGUGUAGAGGAGCUGACCACAGUAACAUGCACCAAGGAUUGUGGCUCCAAGAAAAAAAUGGAGUGUUCGAUAAUAAUCCAUACGCAGAGACCAGUUACAGUCUCACAUUCCGGUCAACAAAAUGCAAACGUCUUGUUCCUUUAAAUGUAUGGGUUUGUGAGGAAUGUGUGAGACUUGCAGUAGCAUUUUCAAAGAAGCAAGGUAGUUCUCCCAAAUUACCUACAGUAUUCCCAAUGGUACCAAGUUCCGGUCCUCCAAUGUCAGGGCACAAUGAUGUAUUGCCCUCUUCAGACAGUUGUGCAAUGAAAGAAGAAAUGGUGCACUGUUCUUCAAAGCCAUCUUUAAUGCUGACAAAUCCUUCAAAUUCUGCAUCACCUAUGAUGUCCAACCACCAAGUUGAAAGUCAGGCCCAGGUUGUAUCGAAGAAUUCAUCACCAGUUUGCACUGACUUGUCAGUCAAAAUUGUAAGUGCCUACCCAUCUAUCAAAAACAUCAAACCAAACCAGUUAAUGGCUGGCAAUGUGGUCAGGUGUUUCUUACCUCUAGGAAAGGAAGUUCCUAAACCUCCUAAGACCUAUUCAUAUAAAGAUGUGAAUGCACCCCUUGAUUUGGCUAUGCAAAAUCAGAAGAUUGUGCAAAGUGUUUUGGAAAAAAGAUGUGUAAAAAUUAAGUUACUAUUGGAAAAAUGUGCAGUGCCAAUAGACAAUAAACUGUCAAAAGAUCUUUUGGAUAUUCUGGAGGACUUGAAGAAUCCCACUUCUGUUCAACAACAAUUCAUCGACAUGCAGGAGGAGCUUGCUGCUCAGAAGAGAGCUACUGGGAUGAAGUGGUAUCCAACUCUAAUUAGAUAUGCUCUUUUUAUGAGGUCAACUAGUCAACUUGGGUCGGGUAUGAUUACCCUACCGUCUGGUAAAGCAUUAUUUAAUUUCUCGCAAGUAUUGUUCAAGAUCAAGAACUCUUUCCAGAAAGCUGAUGUCUCAUGUUUCCGGGAUAAGCCCUACUUAAAGAACUGCAACUUGAUUGGGAGCCAUAAUAUUGUAUUAAUUGAUGAAAUUAAUGUCAUUGAUAAUCUUGUGUACCAGAAAUCAAACAGUGAACUUAUUGGGUUUGUGAAAUUAAGUGAUGUUAAGUGUGAAAUGGACAAAAUUGAAGAGUUUAUUGUUGCAGAUAAAUGUUUAGAUCAUAGGCCUAUUCCAUCCUAUACAAUGCUUGCAUACAUGGUGAAAGGCAUAAAUAAUAAUUUGAGGGAAGUUGUAGGUUUGCUAGAUGCUGAAGAUGACUCCCCUCAGAAGGUCUAUGAUGCAACAUGGGAUGUCAUUAGUACAUUAGAACAAAAUGCUUUUAAAGUGGUAGGAGUGGUAACAAAUGGCUCAUUGAAAACCAAGAAUUUUAUUGACUUGCAUUCUGGCCUCAUGCUUGAUUCUGGACAAGUAUAUGCCACUAAAAACAUUGCUGCUAAAGAUAGACUGAUUUACUUUUUCACAGAUAUGUGGUAUCUAUUGAGACAGAUUCGUAACUGUUUUGAGGAAUCCGGUUCUAAUGGGGUAAACCAAAGAAUUCUCACCAAAAAUAAGGAAAAAAUUGUCUGGAAGACAAUUGAAAAACUCUACCUAGCACGGAAAUGGCAACGUCCUAUGCUAAUGCUUGAUAACUUAGAUAUCUAUCUUGAUGAACACUCCCGUAAAAUACCAUCUCAUGCUUCUGCUGUGUUUUGUACUGCUGUUGUAAACUUUUUGCGAAAAUUUUGUUCGUAUACGCCAGAAACAGUUACUUUCAUUUCGAAAGUCUGUGACACCUUUAGCUGUCUUCUUAAAACAGUUCAAGCUGAAGAACCUCUGAAACCUUACACAAGUCCUAAUGAUUCUCGGUUUUCUUCAAUGCUAGGAUUAUUAGACUACCUCAGUGAGUGGAAAGCAGAGGUACAGGACAUUCCGUAUAUAUCUGAAGACGAUAAGUCUAAGUUGCUUUUAGAUGAAACUAUUUGUCUCCAAACAGAAAUGUCAGUGAGAGCUUUCAUUGAUUGUGCUUUAUUUCUCCUGAAAGAAGGAGUCAAGGAGGUAGACGCUAACACCUUUUGGCUAGAACCCUUGGAAACUUAUUUGCAAUUUGGCUGGUUUGGUUUCUUACCAUCAUCUAAUUCUCACAAUAUGAAUUAUGUAAAUAAGAAAGUGGACCUGACUAUUGGUACAAAACUGUUAGCCGCUAAAAAGGUUAAAAAGCCAUUUCCUUUAAAAGCAGUUAAGUAAGUUGCUUUGUACCCUGUUUUUGUGAUGUGAAGUGAAGUUAAUCCUUCUUAACCCAACCUUAUUUAUUAAUUGACAGAAAAUGGACUGUUUGUGCCAUAUCUCAGCCAUUAUGCACCAACUGAACUGCAUCAUUGUUUUUUUGUUUGUUUCUUGUAGUCUUCUCUGCUAAUUUUGUGUUUGUUUGUGCUGGAGAUACCUCUUUCGCACAUAAACAUUUUUUUUUUAAUGUUGUAAUGUGUCUUGAAAAGAAUUUCAAAAAAAAUAAAAUGAUAAAUGCCCUGUUCA